UCCGAAUGUGAAAGUAAAAACGGGCAAACAAAAGGAGGAAAAAUGACUCUCCACAAAAACAUCUCCUGAUUGCACAACCUCUCAUUUCUCGCUCCCGCGUGUGGAUUUAUACUCAGUGCACCCUCUCAGCGUCUGCAUUUCUCUGAAGUUCAUCAUUUAAGACUGUGAUUUCCUUACUGGAUCAAGAUGUCCGUGUUUCUGCUCUUCAUGCUGGUCAGUGCUGGACUGUUUCUGGACUCGUCGGAGGCUCAGGAGGAUCUCAGCAAACUUUCAGAAAACCACAGGAAAGGUGUUGAAGUGGCUGUAGAGCAGAUUAACUCGCACCAGACUAUCAAAAGCGUUUUUCUCUUCUUCAAGAGUCUGGACAAGUCUGACAUCGACGGUGGAUUUGGUGUGAGUUAUCUUUUUCAUCACUUUAACCUGAAAGCCACCAGAUGCCCUAAAGGAACUAAAGAUCCAAACCCGACGAAAUGUGCUUUCAGAAACGACAGACCUCUGAUUGACUGUGGAAUCUGCUAUAAGAUGUACAAUGGAGAGAUGCAGAAGGACCCGAAGCCGUACAUCCACUGCAUUCACAAACCACAGCUCACACAGGACUUGUUGAAUACGAGAAUUGAACACUGCAAAAAAAUGAGCUACACUAAUGGAUCUCCAUCUCUCCUGGCAGUGAAGACGCCGUAGAAGAUCACAUCACAUUUCUUUAAUGUCACUAUUUAAAAAAAGAUUUUGAUGUAUUCAGUAAUACUGUAGGGAUCUUUGCACUGUACUCCAUCAUUUCAAAAUAGAAAACAUUUUAUUGUGCAUCUUAUGUUAGUGGCAGUUGCUGUUAUGUGUGCCAUUUUUUAGUUUUGUUAAUUCUUUGCAAUAAUCAGAUUUCUUAAAGUCCUUUUAGUAUUCAGUAGGACACUAAUCAAUAAAAAUGUAAUAGCAUGAAUUUUUAUGGUAGACAAGGUUACACAAGAAUGUGUUUUUAAGUCCUUCAUUUUCAUUUUUAUUCAUGGUAACAUUAAAAUCAGCUUGUUUUA